AUGCGCCACCUCCGCCACAAUUCUCAUUUGGGGCAUGACCUUCGCCUGUGGCGUUGCCUGAUCACGUACAGCAUCUCGGUCCUUGGACUUGGCACACUGGCUUUCAUAGCCCAGGUCGUGUCUGUCACCCGAGCGAUAUUCCACGCGAGCGAUACCCUUCCGCCGUUGGGCCGGAUAGGCGCUUACUCGUUCGUGUUUGUCAUUUGGUUUGCUCAUGGGUUCAUGGUGUGGCGUUGUAGAAACCUCUAUAACGACCUGAAUUCCAGGUUUGGGAGGGCCACGUUGUUUGGUCUACUUGCCUCCACGGUGGUGUUGUCUCUGGGCUGCGGAAUAUUCUUCCUCGUCGAGACUUAUCUGACGCUCAGAUAUUUCUCGUUCAUGUUCUUCAUAUGCAUCACCGCAGUGAUCAGCAUCAUCCUCAUGAUACUGAUCAUUGUUCGGCUCGUCAGGCACGAGCGCUACCGCUCUGGUGUCUAUUCGUACGACCUGGAGUAUAAGGACGCCGUAUCUCUGCUGAUAGAGUCCUCGGCGUUGCCUGUAUUGGUAAACAUCAUCUUCAUCGCUCUUGUCUUCGAGAAAGGCGAUGCGUCAAUGAUCCCCCUGCACAUCCUCCCCCAGUCUUUUGUCAUAUCAGUGUUCCUCAUCAUCUCUCGGCUAAGCCGCAGGAAGGAGCUCGCCUCUUUUCAUCCUUCUCGCAUUCAGCUAGAUAUUCCACGGCUCAAUCCACCGGAAUGA